AUGGCACGAGAGGGAAGGGUUCUUUGCCGGUUUGCUCUGCUGUUUUUAUUUGCUUGUUUCAUUUUCCCAACUGUUCUUUACAAGUCUAUAUCGCCGAAAUCACCACGAACAAACAACCCUGUGGUCGUUUCCAGUCGAACGAGGAAGUCAGUGGAACUAACUAACAACACGAACAACUCGACCAUGCUGCAAAAAGUGCUGACGUUGAUGAAGGCCCUUGCCGACUCGUCUUCUCCGAAAAACUGUGUUAAGCCAUCCAUAGAUGAAUUUCCAGAUGACUUUAUGACUCAGUACCAGCGACAAAAGCAAGGGGGUGUCGUCAUUCACUUUCUCUUAGCGCUUUACAUGUUCGUUGCUUUAGCGAUUGUUUGUGAUGACUACUUCGUUCCUUCUCUGGAGCAAAUCACCGACAAGUUACAUAUGCACUCCGAUGUCGCCGGUGCCACUUUCAUGGCCGCUGGUAGCUCUGCCCCUGAAUUAUUCACUUCUGUUAUCGGAGUUUUUAUAACAAAAAGUGACAUCGGCCUUGGUACUAUAGUAGGAUCUGCAGUGUUCAAUAUACUUUUUAUCGUGGCCAUUUGUGGUUUGUUCGCUGGCUCCACGCUGCGUCUGUCCCGGUGGCCGCUGCUGCGUGACUCGUUGUGUUACUUGUUGAGUAUUGUUGCUUUGAUCGCCAUUACUUACGACAAAAACGUGUUCUGGUACGAGUCAUUAGUGCUGGUUUGCAUGUACUUAUUAUAUGUUGUGAUCAUGUACUUCAACCAAUCCCUUGAGGGUUGUUUUCAGAGAUUAACAGGAUUUGAAGAGGGAGACAAGGACUUGCCUAAAAAUAGCUCAAAUGAUGAGGAAGGAAAGUCACUCCUUAGAAAUGAAGAUGAAGAAAGCUCAAACCCUUCAGGGACUUAUCAAGAAGAAGAAGUACAAAUUAUUGACAAAGAUGAGGAUUCACCAUUUUCAGUACCUGAAGGUCUAAUUUCUCGAUCCCUUUGGAUUGUAGCAUUACCUCUCACUUGUCUUUUUUAUGUGACAAUUCCUGACUGCCGUAAAGAAAGAUGGGAGAAGUGGUACCUUGUUUCGUUUUUUGUAUCUGUGGUAUGGAUUGCGCUUCUCUCAUACGUCCUGGUCUGGAUGGUUGAAAUAAUCGGCUUCACGCUUGGCAUCGAUGAUGUCAUAAUGGGGCUUACUUUUCUUGCAGCAGGGACUAGUGUCCCAGAUGGGAUAUCAAGCCUGAUUGUUGCUCGUCAAGGAGACGGGGACAUGGCUGUCUCAAACACAAUUGGAAGCAACGUAUUUGACAUCUUAUUAUGUCUAGGACUUCCUUGGCUUCUAAGGACCACAGCAGUUGACACCGGAGGCUAUGUAGUGGUUUUAAGUGGAAGCAUCAUUUACACAUCAAUUUCUCUAUUUGGUACCGUCUUUGUUACCUUACUGUUUGUAGUUUUAAACAAAUGGUAUUUAAAUAAGUGUCUUGGAAUGAUACUUCUUAUUCUUUACUUUGCUUUCAUUACAGUUGCAACUCUAUUUGAGCUUAACUAUUUUGGGGAUUUCAGUCUGCCGAUCUGUCGGACAUAGUGAAAAUUAGCCCAGCAGAUACGUAGCAUUCUAUGCAGAUGAUCUUAGGGCUUUGACAUGCAUUCCUUCCCCCUUGAAUGUAGGAACGAAGGAGUGUGUGACAAAUCUCUAAGAACGUCUGCAUGGAAGGCCAGCAAGUACACUUGUGCUGUGGAAAUCGAAAUUUAAUAGAUAAAUAUAUAUCACAGUCUAACUUCAAAAUGAUUUUGCUCACCACUAGAGUUUCCUAUAGCUUAGUGGUUAGAGCAUUGAUUCGCUGAUUCCGUCUUUUAAAUAGGUAUAUGGUGACAUUAACAGAUUGGAACUGAACAUUUUGUAUUCACCACAAUUGCUCAAACUUGACUUGAUUCUUGUAAUUUUACAGUGAGUGAAAUUACAUACAUAACAUACUUAUGGGCAAUAUCAGUUUUGGUUGGUGGCAACAGUUUUCUGCCUCCUCUGCAAUUGUCCCAAUUUAGUUUGUCACAUAAGUGACAAGCCAAAAGCAUAUUAUAGGUAUAGCUAGGGUUUUUCUUUUAUCCCUACAUGAUUACAGGGCUCAACGCAAUGGCCAGUCAAUGGACAAUGUCUGGCCAUAAUGGCAACUUAAGCAGCCAAAUGGCUUCUUACCCUGGUCAUGUUGACCUGUCAUGAAUGCACUCUCAUUCUUGGGAAAAAUAGCCAAAUCCUCAUGUGUGAAUCUUAGGUUUUGUCUCUCUGUAAAACUACAAUCACAGUUACUGCGUUUUUCAAAAUGCAACAUAUCUCAUGACAAGUGCUCAAAAUAGCAUUUCAAAGCCUCCAAAUUUGAAAAUUUUCCUGGGGAGGAUACCCCCAGACCCCUUUACGAGGCUUGUGCCUUCUACAUGUCCCCCCGUUACAAAAAACCUAGCUAUGGCCUGACUUUGACCAGUCAGAAAUGAGACUUGACUGAGCAAAAAUUUCUUAGGGUGGUCAUCAUGUUAGGCCACCGUCCAAAAAUUAUUUUUAGCCCUGGACUAACAUUUUACAAUGAUAUUAUCCAGUCUUUAGGGACCGUUCAUUUUUUUUAGGGGCAGCUGGUGGGAUUUGAGGGGGAACCAUGAAAAAAAUAAUUGGCUUUAAAGGGGGGUCAGAAGAAAAAUAUUGGGUGUAAAGGGGGGUCACCAAAAACAUUCCUUCAAGUUUGCAGUGAUGGCAUCCGUAGUAAUGCAAACGGCCUGCCAGAAUGCCAAAAACCAGCAUUUCUGACAUGCAGAAAGAUCAUAGUUUCCCAGGGAAGCAUGCCCACGGAUCCCCUACUUUAUUAUGUACCAAGAAACAAUUCUACCCAACCAAAAUGCAAAAUUUGCCCGCCCUCAUAUGAACAAACCUAUUAAAAACAACAUGGUUGUCCUCACUUGGUAUACCAUCUAAUGCAGUAAUUAUUUUGUACAACAAUAACGUUUGCUACUUUUUGAAGCUCCCAAAAUUUCCCCCCCAGUUCUCAUUUUUUUAGAAUUAGUCUCCUUUGCAUCGUCAGUUUAUACAGACAAUAUCCAUAAUUCCCUGCUUAUGGCCAUUCAGAAAGUCUAUUUGAUUUGCGUUUUGUUACUUAUUUCAGUUUUCUUCAUCCUUUGUCACUCGUUUUAUUUUGCUGGGGGGCGUACGGGUAUCACAAUUAAUUUGAUUUUGGGAUACAAGGGGGAGCCACCCAAAAAAAUUUGUUAUAAAAAGGGGGGUCUUCAUGUACUACAGGAGCUACCUGUUAACUUCCACCAGCCGCGCCUUCCCCAUAAGAAAUGAACGAUCUCUUAUCAAAACUCUCUACAGGUCAUGUGAGUAGGUUGGCAGGUAGUAGGUAGCUUCCUAGCCUAAGUAGGUCAACCUGUAUUUGCAGUGAUAGACUGCUAGGACACCACACAGUUCUGAAAAGUUACAAAAAAGUAAUCUUGUGUGAUCAAAUCUCAAAGCAAACUCAAGUACUGAAAGUUUUUCCUUAUAAUUUAUUCAUCAUGAGAUGGUGAUGGUACUGUAUAUUAAAUUUGUGAGAGAGGUCAAGUUUCCAGAAAAAUUUACCUUUAGAAUAACCUAUUCACUUUCAGAAUUUUUUCCAGUUAGAAGCCUAAUGAUAUCAUUAUUAUUAUAUUAACUAAAAUUAUUAUUAAUUUUUUGGAUUUGAACAAAUAGAUGUUUAUUUCUUUUUUUGUAAAUCUUAAUUGAAGCGUAAAAAAUAUUAGAGGAGUAGUUGUUAAAUAUGAUAUGUCAAAUUGUUUUGAUGAAUUGCAAUUAAAAUAAAAAUACCUUCUUUGUACCGGUACAUGUGUGAGUCUCUUUGACAAUUUUUACAAGUACUGAUGCAUUUGUAUAUAACCGGCAAGCAAGCUGUCUCCAUAAAAAUCAAAAUCUCUUUUUCCGGAAAAAUUCUAUCUUUUUUGCGAGCCAGGUUUUUGGUUUAAUCUUUACCCCAUAAAACUUGAUUUAUAAAUUAUUAUGAUGGUAAUGAUAAGUUAUUAUUACUUUUAUUAUCAACAUCAUCAUCAUCACCAUUAUUAUUCUUAUUCUUCUUCUCAUUAUUAUUAUGCUACUACUAGUACACUGCAGUUUUUCUUUUUUCAUUGUCCAUCUACCAAAACACGCAACAGAAAAACGCACACAUGUGCAUGCAGGCUCGCUUGACUAUGAGUGUGCUUCUCGAGUCUAACAGCUACGCCUCUCACCACUGGGCCUGCAAGCCACCCUAAGACAUUUAAGUUCUGCCUAGUAACCUGUAUUUGAUCGCUCAAGGUGGAUGAAACUAUUGACUUUUUCAAAAUUGGAACAUUUUUAGCAACUAAAGGCCUCUACUAAACUGUUAAUCACUACAAUUGAUGUAAAUUAUCAUUUUACCCUCUAAAAGCAUUCUAUUAGGUAGGUUAACACGGCAUAUAGUGACCGAGCACCCAAAGCGGGGGACUGGAAACUAGACCUUUAAGGGUUUUUCCUUUUUUCUUAAAAAACUAGCCGUACGACCUGGGUUCGAAUUUUAAUGAUUGUUAGGGAACAUAAAGACGAAACUGUAAACAUUUUUUCUAACAAAUCCCAAGGACAGUUUUUUAGUUAUUAUAAAAAGAGAUAAUAUUCCACACUUUUGGCUUUUGCAAAAAUACUGUCUAUAGGAUUUCUUUCUCUCUCUCUAAACACAAUUAUUUCUAAGUACUAAAUAAAUCCUGAAAUUUUCAGAUGGGGUCAUACGGUUAGUUUUUAAGGCAAAAGCCUUUAAAGGUCUAGUUUGCAGUCCCCCUUUGGGGCGCUGGGUCACUAUAUUUCGCGUUAUAAUGUGCAAAAAAACUGUUUUUAGGGGUAAAAUGAUAAUUUACAUCAAUUGCAGUGAUUAACAGUUCAGUAGAGACCUUCAGUUGCUUUAAAUUACACAGUUUGAAAAAGUCAAUAUAAUGAAAGAUACCGUAAAAUUCCGAAAAUAAGCCCCGGGGCUUAUAUUUUUCAAAGACCCUUUUUGGGGGGCUUAUUUUUGGAGGGGCUUAUAUUCGGAGGGACUUAUCUACGGAGGGAAAUUUGUGUUUCAAAAUCGAUUGGGCUAGUCUUAUAGUUGAAAGUAAAUUUACCGUUUUUGCAUUGUAUUUGAGGGCAAUUUUCCAAGUACAAGCCCCCGGGGGGCUUAUAUUUGGAGGGGCGAUUUAAUGGAGGGUUUUUUGCGUUACCGGUUUGGGGGGGCUUAUAUUUGGAGGGGCUAAUACAUGGAGGGGCUUAUUUUAGGAAUUUUGCGGUAUUAAUCAUCGUCAAGAGAGGAUAAAGCUCAGCUGAGCUUUAUCCUUUCUUGUCAUCGAGGAUAAUGUGUUAUAAAGGGUUUAGUUUCAUCGUUCGUCUCACGAUUGUCCCUUUGAUAUUGAUCGCGACAUUUCGACCGCACACUUGAGGGAAGGGGGCGGCUGUACACCGGGUACUCGUCAUUGCCCUUUUUUUCGUGCAGACAAUUCGUUGCCAGUAAGCUCAUGCCCUCUCAGAGGAAGUUUUUUUCUCCUGGCCAUUUUUUCCUCAGGCAACUAGCCUGCGUAUUUCCGAUCGUCUCUGCUCUCCACCCGAAAAAUAACGACCGGAAAUACCGUAUUUACUCGAAUAGGCACCCAACCUCAAAUUAGCGCCUUCCUCGAAUAGGCGCUCAUCCUAAAGCCAGAAAAAGUUAAUAAGCGCCCAGCCUCGAAUAAGCGCCCACUCCACCCCCUCUCCCUCCCAAUCAAACUCAAAUAAGCGCCCACCCCCACUCCACCUACUUGAGUGAUAAUGAGAUUGAAAUUGAAAUUGAAGAGUACUAAUAAGAGACUUCCCCGAAGACGGAGUGUUCUCCGGAGUAUUUUGCAGAGACCUUGCUUUGUUACUUCUUCGCGGUUUGUUACUGCAUUUACUGUUUUGUUGCAAAAUAAAAAUGCUACACUAAUUGCUGAAAAUGGUGACAAUUUGAUAUGCGCCCAGCCUCGAAUAAGCGCCCACUCUCAAGGUCCGCCCAGGGCGGUUAAUCGAAUAAAUUGUUGGUUUUCACUUGACGUCACUAAAAUUCAGAUUAAAAAACUAUCGAUCCUACCGAGAUUUUACUUUCACGAUGCAUUAGAGCAGCUGAAAACUAGUAUUCAUACAAAUUUUCUCUUCAAAAGGGUUUUUGGUUUUGUGAUAGAGUACGCUUGAAUUUCUAAGCUUUUGCGUGACGCGGCAUUUACAUAUAUGGCCAAGUGAGCCGUCAUGUAGGUCAAAAAAGUGACUAAUUUCAGGAAAUUUUGCUAUCCAAACUGUUCAUGUCAGAAAAAGUAUUACUUUAAUGUUUAUGAGUUUCUCGAAGAAUGAAUUCACGCUUUUGUAGCAAAACUUGGUAACAGAUGUUUCUGUUGGUUUCCGUCCGCCAUGUUGGAGCUCAUCCAGGUGAGCACCAGCAUGGCGUCUCCAUAUAGCCUCCCCCGCAGACAUUCUUAGGGGUGCGUCACGCGUUUCUGUUUCUUCUGGCAGGAACGCGUGACGGGCCCCUAAGAAUGUCUGCGGGGGAGGCUAGUCUCCAUACAAAUCUCUAUAAGUUUGGGUAAAACAUUUCUUCGGAUAUCUCGUAUGCGAAAUAUUCCUCUGACCUGAAUCUUGGCGAGGGUCUUUGCAUAUGUACCUCCUUACAACAACGAGUUGUUGUAAGAGGGACUUUUUCUGAUUGGGCACCUGUGAUAUCUGGUACCCCAGAGGGAACUAUUCUUGGUCCAAUUUUAUUCCUAUCAUAUAUAAAUGAUAUCGUUGAUAGUGUCUCUUCAAAAAUUAAAUUAUUUGCGGAUGACACUAAGAUUUACAGAGAGCUUCGCAACCCUUGUCUCGAUGAACAAUACCUUCAAACUGAUUUGAAUAAUCUUGGUAAAUGGGCGAAAAAAUGGCAACUUCGUUUCAAUGAGGAAAAGUGUGAAGCAAUGCGAAUAACGCAUUCUCGUGACAAAUCGACUACGAAUUAUAAACUAGGUACGGCCUUAAAAGAUGUCAAGAGCUUUAAAGAUCUUGGAAUUAUUAUAUCAAAAGAUCUUACUUGAAGUGAACAUAUUAGUACCAUGGUGAAUAAGGCGAACCAAGUCCUAGGGCUAAUAAGACGGUCUGUUGGAACAGCUAAUACAACAACUUUUUCAUUGCUUUACAAAACAUUGGUCAGACCACUUCUAGAGUAUGCUGUUCCAGUCUGGAACCCAUAUCUUGUCAAAGAUAUUCAUGCAAUAGAGAGCGUGCAAAGACGCGCGUCAAGAUUAGCUCUUAGGCAAAAAAGAGGUGAUAUGUCUUAUGAAGAGCGUUGUGACUCGUUACAUUGGCCAUCUUUGUCCAGUCGUAGGACAUAUUCCUCUCUUGUUGAAUGUUAUAAGAUCGUGUUUGGCUUAUCACACUUGGAUUUUGAGGAAUUCUUUCAAUUCGCAAAAGUCAAAUCCACUAGGGCAAAUCACUCGUAUAAGCUUUAUUGUAAAUUAUCUAGAAUCAACUGUUUUA